UUUUACUACUUUAGGUUUGCUCUGGGCUUUCAUCAGCUUUGGCAAUUCGAAUAGGUCAACGUUUAGGAGAGAAUGAGCCUGGACAUGCUAAAGAGUAUAUGCAAGUUGCAUAUACGUUGUGUUGGAUUUCUGCAUUAUUAGUUGGUGUUUUACUGUUUAUAUUUUCUGAUUACGUUGGAUACGUAUUCACAACAAAUAGAGUGGUUGUUGAAGAGAUCGCAAAGAUUGUUCCAGUCUUAGUCAUCUUCGAGAUUAGCGAUUUUACGACCAACAUUGGAAGAGGAGUAGUUCAAGGGUGUGGUCGGCAGAAAUUUGGCGCACUGAUAUCAUUUGUUAGCUUCUAUUUCAUUGGUCUUCCUGUGUGUAUUUACUUGGUUUUGUUUCGAAAAUGGCAAGCCGAAGGGAUGUGGAUAGGUUUGUGUAUUGCCCAAUCAUUACAGGCAAUUGGUCUUCUCUUUUACACCUUCAGCAUUGACUGGGAUCAUGAAGUACAUUUGAGUAAAGAGAGAAUUGGAGACCAAUCAGAACACACCGAGGCUGCGAAAGGUAAUGAAGAAGGCAUUAGCAAGGUGGAACGUAUGCCAUUAGUGAAUACGAACGGAUUCAAAUUGAGCCGUAAUGUUAUUUAUUUGAGAAUUAUGAAUACGGCGUUAGCGACCAUUAUAUGUGCAUCAGGUGUCAUCUUCUACUUUCUGUAUUAAAACAAAUGUCAUACACUGGUGUGUGGGUGGGGGGAGGAGUUUGAGUGUUGUGUAUGAGGGUGCAAGUAUGUUGUGUUCUAGCGACAGAAUGCCUAUAUCCACAUUUUACAUUGAACGAAACGGAACGCUAGGUUUUUACAUUCAUAAUUUCGAGUUAAAAAAGUGCUAAAAAAAAAAAGCAGUAGAUAUGACACGUUUAUUUUACUGCCAAUUGGGCAUUCUGAUAUACACAGCUGUACUAUGAAUAGCAUAAACUGUAUUGUAUUGUUUCUAAAUAAUUAUAUUGCACAAUAUUGUAUAUUUUAAUUUAGAAAGAUGAAGUUAUUAAAUUUUAAGAAUGUAAACAAAUAAACCGGUUGGAUUAUACAGGUGUAGAGUGUAAGUAUGUUUGAAUAUACCUAAUUAUUGUCAUACGCGUUAUUGCUUAUAUAUGCUACAAUGAAUUGUGUUCAAGGUGUUUGGCAGCUAACCUGCAUAUGUAU